GGGACAUGUUCAGCAAUAUUGUUAUGAGUAUUUUCUUUGGUUGGGGUGCUGACAAGUACUGUGCUGUUUGCUCUGUAGAUUAAUUGGCCAGCAGGAAUGUCUUUUGGAAUUAAUUUGGGGUCCCUUCUGGUUUUCCUCCUACAAGCGGAGCAUGUCAACAGUUUAUGGGUCCCUCAUGUCCCCCCAAAUGUUGGCCCUUCUCCGUGGGGACGUGAUGAAACGAGGCUUGGCGGCUACCCCCAGAAUCAAUUCAGACAAGACGCCAUAGCUCCGAGCCCUCCCUGGAGUCCGUCCAUCCACAGCCAGGCGGGAGUGAACAGUGCCUUGCGACAGGAACUCUCACGGAGACGCAAUUACCCAGUAGCCGUAACCCCCAGGUCCGCCGAGUCCAAGCAUAACUCCGUCGUUCUAAGGCCCAGAACACUACAGCUGUCAGCUUUCCCGACACCGAGGUCAAACCCACCGAGGUCAAACCCACCGAGCGCUCAACACAGGAGCCGUCAAGACAAGCGGGGGGGAGAUUUCGUACUCUCUGACGCCAUCGCUAGCGGGUCUGCUAUCCGCAAUGGUAAGAGCUCGUCUGCUGGCUCCGUGCGUGACUCUAUUGAUAGAAAAGCACCCGCUGUUACCAAGCGGUUGAUGGAUACACCACGUAGGCCUACUGGAGAGCUGCUUCUGAGUCCUAAGGAUCGCUUUGCCGCUGCAGUGACUCCCACCACACUUUCAUCCUCCAACUCUGGUCUUCGUGCGGUGGCUCCCAUCAGGACCGGUGUCAACGUGUCGCCUCAGCUGUCUGCCGCCGCCGCCGCGAGCGCCCGCCCCGAAAAGCCCAGACGGGCGGGUGCCAAGGUCGCCGGCCACAUGGUCAGACGGCGUCCCUCGUUUCGGUCUUCCAAGAACUACCGCCUUCCAGAAUUGGUAAAGGCCUACGGCAAGUCUGCACCGGGAACCGAGUUGUCAAACUCGGAGCUGUCGGUGCAUCAAAGGGCUGGCCCGGACAGAAACGCACCCCCUCGAAGCUUCCUGACUGGUGGGAAGAGGACGGCUAACGUAUAUGCGCCAACCAAGGUCCAGACGAUCCCGAUACGCUUUGGCGGCAUCCCUAUUCAGCGGUUGAGGGACCCACUUAAAAAUGGCGGCACCGGCGUCGUGUCUCGGCCACAGGCGACCUACUCGGCCCCGCUGCAGAAGACUGUCUUUUAUUCUCAAAGGGCAAACUACUUACCCAACCAAAGAUGACUUCACCUAGGACUAGGAGGAAUAAAUGACUUUGUCCCACUCAUAAGUAGGCCUAAUUGAAACUUUAGAAAAUGUUAUCUUGCUAUUCUGUGCUAAUAAAUUAUUUUUAUAUUGACUUCGUGGCAUGUUUACUGCAGAUUUGGUGACAUCUACUGUUCAAACGGUUGUGGUACACCUAAGUUUCAAUGCCAAGAACAGUGCUGGUUUGACUUGGUUGAAGGAUACUGGGAAUGUCGACUGGAUCUGUGCAUUUUAUAACUUAUGUUCGGCCUACUUGGCUUUGUCUACUUUCAUCGGGAAUUCCACCAGCUUAAUGCAGUGUCGGUCUACUUAAAACUUGCUGUCCUAAGUUUGCAAAUGUUCUCGUUGAGUGCAAAGGGUCAACGAAUCUCAACCCACUCCCCACCCCCUCGUACCACGGAACUAGGAGUGACGUCAGUGGGCGGAGCUUCAGUCCACCUUGACUAUCAGGUAGAUUUAGGGGAAGUUUUAAAAUACGUGACGUAACUUCAGCGUUAUUAAUGUAUCCAAUAUAUUGGCACCUUUUCGAGGACAGUGUGCAUUGGAUCACUAAGCCAAACUGUUGGCCCUUCCACGAACAUAUUACACCUUGUGUGGACUAGACCUACACCAUGCCCACCAGCGGCAAUGGCAGCGGGAGGCACUUAUCAGAGCCCCGCUGCUCCAUAGAGGAUCACGACCCUUCGUUGCUGAGCAACCAGAACAAUAACUACCAGGAGCGCAGCGUUGACCCGCCAGAAAACCUCCCUAAGGACAACCGGAGAAAGGACUCCACCCUUCCCCAUAGAGCCCACCUGAAGUACUCUGACGGGCAAGCGGACGAGACGGUCGGCUUCAUCACCGUCGCCAACGAGCCCGGGGGCGGGGCUUGCUCCUGCGGGCGCUGCCGGAGCCUGGUCUGCAGGGUCCUGACCUGCGGCCUGUACAGGGUCUGCCAGCGCACCCUCUGUGCGCCUUGCUUGAUCGCCCCUCCCACCCAACCCGAGAACAAGGAGCGCACUAAGGAAGAGGAGGAGGAGGAGGAGGAGGAGGAGUACCGCGAUGAGCCGGCCUGGCUGGAAGACGUCCACCUCGACGGGGUCAAAGUGGACUUUCAGCGAAGCGCUCCUGACAUUGUGCGGGAGGCGCCCUCUUCCUCCAACGUCCGCCCGGCCAGCCCUAAGCCGCCCCAGCCGCCGGACAAGACCAGCCGCCGGUCGUACGACUCCAUCGACUGGGAGGAGGAGGAGGAGGAGGAGGUGGCGUACGGCGGCGAGGGCGUGGACGCCCUCAUCACCAAGAAGCUGCUGGCGCUCUACACGGAGUACCAGAUCGAGGAGCUGGCCCGCUGCACCACCGACUCGCUGUUCCUGCGCAAGUCGACGGAGAUCCACCAGCUCAUCAACUCCCUGGCGGUGGAGCACCAAAUGGACGAGCAGGAGGCGGAGGGCCGGCUGGUGAGGGGAAUCAUCCGCAUCAGCACGCGCCGCAGCAAGAAGGGCGGGCGGCCGCACGACGCGGUGAGCGAGAGGACGCUGUCGGACAGCGGCAACGAGACGAUGCGGAACAGCGACUCUUGCAGCAACAACAAUGACUACAAAUCAAGUCCUAACUUCCAGAUAUCAGAUGUCACACAUUCUGACAUGUAUGCCAGGAAUAUGAGGAGGAACAACAGCGAUGGUCGCUCUGUUCCAUACUCAGACACCAUGUUAUCAUCGGGCGUCUCAGUCGCUCGCACCUCCGUGAGGACGUGAUCCUGAGCCUCCAGGGCCAAGACAGGAAGAUGCCCGCAGCGCAGGAUCCCCCAGGGGGCAUCCAUGGCACAGUAGUAGCACCCCACCCCCCCCCUCCCCUUCCAUCCCAGGCAAGCUCGCCUCUGGAAGUACUGACUGUUUUCGUACGCUUUGUUUGUAUGUGUGUCAGUUGUGUGGAACCUCGGGUGUUGAAGGAGGUCCAGGGUACUCUGGGCUAGCGGUUGGUCAGUGGGAAGAAUUCUGCGAUUGAACGCCCAUACACGAGAGCUGGCCUCGCAAUGGAGGGGCGGUUGGUAGCUGGCUCGCCCAAGACGGCGGAAAGACCACCGUGGUUUCCCCUCCAAUCUUGCUGACCCAGCACUCGGCGACCCUCCUCGUGUAUUCCAAAAAAAAUGUAACCGUCCCCAUGGUCUGUUUCAGAGGGAAAAUGUACUUUAGCUUUCAUUAAAACAUGACUUUGGUUGGUUGCUGAGGUUGUAUUUAAUGAGCCGGGCCAACCAAAGACAUUUGAGUCCCUUUGAACCCUUGGUGGUCUUUUGGAAUGGACCGGUAGCAGGAAUAACUUAUCUAAGGUCAUGGUUUUUACGUGAAGCUCUGUGACGCUCUGUGAAUGGUUCACAAUGUGCUUUUGGUCCUAUUUACAGCAGUGAUACCUGAAGAAUGGGUAUAAAUGAAGAUUUAGAAUUUCUUCCGGACUUUAAAGUGUAAUCUCCGAAGCUCUCCUUUUAGUUAGGGGUAAACCUUACACCCGCUACCCACACAAGUCAGCUGAAGAGCGAGUCUGCUGCGAUAGCUUCACCUACCCUCUAUUGCGGAACAACCUCUUCUGGGGGAUGUAAAGCGCUUGAUUUGAAUGCUAGCCAGUAUGUUGCCACUGACACCCAGUUGAUAACAUCCUCUAGUCUAGUUUUAAUGGAAGAAUACUCUGUUUGUCUCUCCUUCGAUUUACUCAACAACCAUUCAUCGAACGACUUCGCACUUGGCGGGUGUAUCGGGUCCCAAGGAGGGGCAGUGUCCAGCAUGAGGUUGUUUGGAUGAGCAGUUCUGGGAAAAAGCUGCAAGCGGCAAUGCUUGAGGCCAGGCAGUGGUCUUUUCCAAACAGGCACGUUGUGAAUGGGCAAUGCACUAUUGCUGCAAAUGCAAGGGCUUUCUUCAGUUGGCCAUUGGCUCAAUCACUCUUGUGCUGCCUCGCUGGGCAAUGGAGACUGACUUCAUUGACAUUUAUUUAAAGAGAAUCAAUGCAGAUUUUCCCGAUUGCUACAUCAAUUGAAAAAUGAUAUGAAGUCUGAGUGCGUAAUUUUGUAACAUAACACCACUAGGAAAUGUAUUUUUGAUACAAAAGAAAACUAUCUUUAAUACAAAACAUUGUGAUUGGAUAGUAUAUUCCAUUACAAUCACAAUUUGUAAUUGGUGGGAAGAACCUUUUCUUCAUUCAUUUUCAUCGUAAUAUCCAAAGUUAUUUUGUUCUCAAACAUGUAACCAGCGGUUUCAUUACAUGGAGUACAAUUUGUAUUUCUCUUUAAAGGAAAGAUGCAAUCUUUGAAAUUGAAUCCUCAUCUGUUUGGAGUGAACACCUUCGUACAUCGUAUGCCAACACAUGCUCUGUGGUUAACCUAUCAAGUGACACAGUUAGUCCACAUCUUUAUGUUUUGCACAAAGUUUGUAUUGCGAGGCGACGUCCAAGCCCGUUCAAGUUCCAGUGGGAAUUUUGCCAGCUGACAUUGCUGGAAUUCGCCCUUGCUUAUCAGCAUUUUCUGUGGUUGUAGUGAACAUGGACUGUGGCGUAGUUUAGCUUAAAUACCUUGCAGUGGAAAGGCCAAUGUCUUUAGACUGAUGACCCUGUUGAUGUUUUUUGCAGUUAUUGCUAUAUACUGGAAUGCUCCUUCGGCUCAUGUAAAUGUCUCUUCCUAUGUUUUGUCGUUAAGGAAUUUGAUAAGCAAAAUCAAUAGUGGGAAUGUUGAGCUAUUUAUUUGUGUUCAGAUAUUAGAAGAGGAUAUGUAUAUAAUAACGGUCUAUUAUGUGAUAUGCCAGUUUGCUUUCCAGGAAACCACUGAAACAUUUAGCAGGUCCGUGAAACCGGUUAUUCAGGUUGAAACCAAAGAGUCACAGAAGUCUGGUUGUUUGUGGUUUGUAGAUGUUUGCCGGUGUGUCAAAAAAAAUGCAAAUGAUAAAUGCUGUCUAUAUUUUACAAUUUCAACAAACUAUUUGAUUUGAGCUUAUUAAAUUGCUUGAUACUCCAUUUGUGUUUUUUUCAAUACGUUUCGACCUAAUGUUUUUGACUUAAAGUAUUUCGCUUUUUCGUGGCCUUUCAUUUCUUUUAAUCAGGUUAAUUUAAGUGGUAACAAAAGCGCAGAAAAAAUCCUAUUAAGUAAAGCUUUGAUCUUCCUCCGGUAAAAAUGUAUGUUUAUAUGAUGACUUAAAAUGAUUCUGUUCAUCAUGCUACCACAUGAGGGCGACAGAUCAGGGGAAGGUAUAUUCCCAGAGAGACUGCCAUAACGAUUAUAAUCCUUCAAAAACGUCCGGCAUACCUAGCCACACUGGCCUCAUGUUGAUGUGUACAGAGAUGGAAACGACCAUCACAUAAUAAACAUAGUAAGUAGAAAAGUCCAAACAACAUACAAAACACUCAAACAUACUGCAAGUCUUUUCUUCUCAAGAGAGGGUUGGGGUUUAUCUUUGAAUGUUGGUCUCGAACAAACGGCAUCUCGCCUCAAAACACCGAUAGCUCCGCUUUGCUGAUAAUGAGCUUGACAAACAGUGCCGUGACUAAGUCCUGGCUCACGGUUCGGAGGGCAACGGCUGCUAGAAGGACUCUGUCCAAACGGGCGGCAUCUUGCAGGGUCAGGAGUCCCACCACCGCCUGCAGAGAGCCUUCUGGGCUGCCGGUUCAAGGUCUUGAACCACCAACGAAUACCCAAAUCCAAUCCCAACCGUACAUUGGGAAAGUACGCAUUUUGUGUGAAUAUUUGAACAGUGUAUUUGAAGAAGACACACUCAUAAUAAACCUAGAAGAGACUCGGAACACUUUACGUUGUGAAUGUUGUUUAAUGAUACCAAACAGCCUGUUUGGUAUCAUUAACCUCAGCUGAGUUAAAUGGC